CGCAAGUUUCAGCGUUUUACCUAUUAAUUUCUUAUUCUCGUUCGAAAAUUACAAAGUUAAUAAAAUACUUGACGCAAAUAAAGAUGUGCUGCACUCGUUUUAAUAUUAUUUCUACUAUAUUCAUGCUCCUAUCUUACAGUAAUUGAGAUAGCAUGGAAUCGAAAACGGAAGGCAUCUGUCCGAUCUGUAAUCAACGUGCAACGCUGAAAUGUAACGGUUGCAAGCAACAAUUUUAUUGCAAAAAGGAACAUCAACGACAGGACUGGCCUAUACACAGGUCAAAUUGUCAAGCAUGGGAGAUCCGUGAGAGCUGCGAACUCGGACGGUAUUUAGUGGCAUCGAGAGAUUUAAAUCCGGGCGACGUAAUCCUAUCAGAGUCACCUUUGGUUUGGGGACCGGCAUUACAUUCAGAUCAAAGAGUUUGCGUUGGUUGCGGCAAACAAUGCGAUAGUAGCGAUACAAGAUGCACGAAAUGCCUUUGGCCGGCGUGCGAUACAAAUUGUUCUGGUCUUACCGAUAAAAAUAGACACGGUCUGGAAUGUUCUUUUCUUAUAAAAGCAAGAAUCAUCCCCAGGUGCGAUGUUCUCUUAGUAAUACGUAUGUUAAUAUUAUGGCGCAAGAAAUUGAAAUAUUGGUAUUCUAUAGAAAAGCUACAAAGUCACCAAGAUUCUCGUGGUCAAGGAACGAACGCAUACGAGGAAACGAUGAACAUAUAUCGGCAUAUCGAACGUCUUUUACCAGACGAUCCCUCCAGCAAAGAUAUCGUGCACAAAAUUUGUGGCUUAAUAGACGUUAACGCGCUGGAAACUGUACCACCUGAGGGUUGCGUUGCGAUUUAUGAAACAGCGUGUCUUUUGGAGCAUUCUUGUUUGGCUAAUACGAGACACAGUUUUAAAAUCGACGAUAAGGGUAGACCUCGAAUCACGGUGAUAGCUGUUUGUUCCAUACAGAAGUGGGACCAUUUAAGCACGAUGUAUACGCACGCACUUUGGUCAACGAGGGCGCGAAGAGCUCAUCUUUCGGAGACGAAAUAUUUUUCGUGCCAUUGCAAGCGAUGUGCCGAUCCAACAGAAUUGGGCACGCAUCUUGGAACCUUAAAAUGUCCUCGCGACAACGAUUUUAUUUUACCUAAGGAUCCGUUAAACUUUGACUCGCAAUGGGAAUGUAAUUCGUGUCCUGGAACUUUGACCGCGUCGGAAGUGACGCAGUUUGUUGGAAAAUUGGAAGAGGAUGUUGAUGAAAUUAUGUAUCAAGCAAACAAGAAUAAAUUGGUCGAUCUUCUGUCACGGCUUACUACGUUAUUGCAUCCUGGACAUCAAUUGUGUACAAGUGUCAGUCAUUCGUUGAUUCAGCUAUUGCCUGCAAGCGAUCCGAAAAAACCUGAAUUAUGCAAACGUAUCAUAGAAACCACCAAAACGUUAGAUCCUUAUGGUGCAAGAUUAGCAUUGUACACUGCAGUCGCAUUGAGAGAAUUGUCUACUUGUCCAGGGGAAAAUAGAGAAGGUCUUUUGUUAGAAGCAAUAUCGUUAUUGCAAUUUGAACCAGAGAAUUCGCCCGGUGAAAAGCUUCGAUCGCUAAUGGAAUCUGAGUUAUGAUAAUUCUAUUAGAUUCAACAUUUAAUGAAAUAAUCGUAAUAAAAAUUAAAUUAUAAAAAUUGUUCA